AUGUGAACAACAGCUUGGGAUAGUACCGGAUGUACAAGUAGGUCAUUGAUAGCAUGCUGUGAAGAUAUGUUUCGAUGAUAGAAAGCAAUAGCCCGAGUCCACGUCGAUCGUGUUGUCUCGCUUUUCCGAGCCACUUUCAUGGCCCUGACUUCGUUCUUCUGUUCUUGACUUCAUCUCUACACUAGCAAUCCACAGAACUUCCUCUUUGUCCCAGACUGGUCCCACCAUCAAACGCAAUUCUCUUCCUGAGAUGAAGAUCGGUUGCCUUCAGUUCGCCCCAAAGCUGGGCCAAGUAAAUGAGAACAUACGUAGAGCAGAUGACUUGCUCGAGGGUACCCUGUCCUCAGAACUCGAUCUUCUGGUCUUACCAGAACUAGCUUUCUCAGGGUACAACUUCCCGAAUCUGAAGGCCAUCACACCGCUUCUGGAGCCGACAAGCGCUGGCAUUUCAUCAGAAUGGGCAAGACGAACAGCCGCACGACUAAAUUGCAUAGUAGCGGUGGGAUAUCCAGAGAUCACGCCAGAAGGAAGACGAUACAACACAGUGGUUAGUAUAUCACCGGACGGAACAGUGGCCGCUAGCUACAGGAAAUCAUUCCUCUACUACACAGACGAAACAUGGGCAUCUGAAGGCGAUACUGGUUUCUACAAUGGUGCUAUCGGCUCGCUCGGUCAGGUGUGUAUGGGCAUAUGCAUGGACAUCAAUCCUCGCCGCUUCGAAGCACCUUGGUCGGCAUACGAGUUCGCAAACCAUUGUGUGGAUUCGGAUGCACCAUUAGUAGUGCUUUCCAUGGCUUGGUUGACAAGAUUGCUUCCUCAGCAAUUGCUUGCAACAAGCACGCAACCGGACUUGGAGACACUCAAUUACUGGCUGGAAAGGUUCAUGCCAGUCGUGCAAAGCGAAAGGGAAGGAGGAACUGUGAUGGUGAUGGCGAACAGGUGUGGCACGGAGCCUGGCAUGGUAGCAGGAGUGAGCCAGGGCGUUGAUGAUGAGGGCAACGAGGUUGUGGGGUAUGCUGGAACGAGCUGCGUUUUGACGGUCGAACAGGGCGAGAUUAGAAUUUUCGACAUCCUGGGAAAGGGCGAAGAAAGAUUGCUGAGAGUAGAUACUACCGAGCCUCCUCAGUUUGCACUGCGUGCUAGAGCAUCGGCGUGAGAAUUGCUGUAUCGGCAUCUAGAUGUCGGUAGUUGCAGCCUCCUGACGAUAUCCAGUGAUAUUAUAGAUUUACAGCAUCGGAAUGCGUGUCAGAACUCUCAAGACAUCACAGAAGUGCAAAGAGGAGACGCGAAAGGUAUCAAGGCAUUUCAUCAUGUAAUUUCCAUCAACCAGAAGUUUUUUGUUUUGUGAUACGCAUCCCCUAGCAAAGAACUAGCGCCAUAUUUUGAUUCUUGUUUGUCAUUCCCUGCGUGAUUCACAAGCUCCCACGAUGAUGGAAAAAAAGGGAUCCCUUUUCCUCCUUCCGAUGAGAAAGGGAACACGGGCCCAAAAGCGAAACAGUCGGCUUCUUUCAGAAACAGGUCGUCGACAUCGAGGGAAAAG